AUGACUGAAAAUACACUAUUCUGUUAUGAAUCUGUGAAUAAGUCAUGUGUAAAACACAUUUAUUUGACCACAGUACGUACUCCAAUAUACAUGAUCUUUGUAGCAAUUAUUCUCUUUACUGUUUUUGGAAACUUGUUUGUCGUCAUCUCCAUCGCACACUUCAAACAGCUUCACACACCAACCAAUUUUCUCGUUCUCUCAUUAGCGUUUGCUGACUUGUUAUUAGGAGGAUUUGUUAUGCCUCCCAGUAUGGUCCGAUCACUUGAAACUUGUUGGUACUACGGAGACUUGUUUUGUAAAAUCCAUUCCAGCACAGAUGUAAUGUUAUGUACUACUUCUAUAUUCCAUCUCUCCUUCAUUUCAAUUGAUCGAUAUUAUGCCAUCUGUGAACCGCUAAAAUACAAAACCAAAAUCAACAUUUCUGUUGCGCUUAACAUGGUUGUCAUUAGUUGGAGUAUUUCAGCUGUUAUUGGAUUUGGACUGAUUUUUCUAGAGUUAAAUAUAAAGGGGAAGGAAGAUGUCUACUAUGAGAAUGUAUAUUGUGUAGGGGGCUGUACUCUGAUACAGACUGAAAUAUCUAGCCUGAUUUGUUCCCUGCUGGCGUUUUACAUCCCGGGGUUUAUUAUGUUAGGAAUAUAUUUGAAAAUUUUCCAUGUAGCAAGGAGACAAGCCAGGGCAAUUGAAGGCCUCGUAUCCCAGAGUAAGAGCUCAGAACACAGCAAAACAAUGACUUCAAGCAAGACAGAAAGAAAAGCUGCGAAGGCUCUGGGAAUAGUGAUGGGGGUCUUUCUCUGCUGCUGGAUGCCAUGUUUCUUGAGUAGUAGCCUGGAUCCUAUUUUUAAUUAUUCAAUUCCACCCAUUUUAUUUGAAUUUUUUAUGUGGCUAGGAUACUUAAAUUCUACACUUAAUCCUCUUGUCUAUGCUUUCUUUUACAGCUGGUUCAGAAAAGCUCUUGUUAUGAUACUGUUUGGUCAAAUAUUCCAAGCCAAUUCUUCAAGAACAAAACUAAUUUCAAAUUAA